AGCUACGAAUGGACGCGAUUAACUUGGUUAUACGAGUGUACAGCGUUCAUUGGGCCUUGGGUGGAUCGUAACAGUGAUCUGCCACCGAUGUGUUGAGGACUCAGCUGUCCCUUUCAUUUUCAAAGAUCGACUCCUCCAGAUACUCCUUUCUCCUUUCAACCCAGCUCUACAAAGCCCAUAACUAGUGACAGUCGACCAUUGGCUCGCAUCGAUCCUGUCACUGGUAUCCCAUUUGCGUACCAUACCAUCGUCAAGGACUUUCUCUCAGCGCAUCGCACAAUCUAGCAUCAUCUCCAACAUGGCCGAAGCCAUCCCCGACAUCGUCACCUACCUUCGCUCGCUCGAUGCAGUGCACGACCGAUGCAAUCAGGUCUUUGCGCUUGCCGAAGUCGGUCAGGUGGAUCACUGGACGUUCCACCAGGACAAAGUGGCUGAUGUCGUGGACUACUGUGUCACAUUGAUCACGAGAGACUAUGGUGAUCUCUCCAAAGUGCCUCCCACCUCUCGUCGGACCCAUUUCGAACCACCCACCAAGGCCCAGGACGCACGGAUGGGCCGUAUUCCAGCUCUUCUUCUUCUAUGUCCCAAGGACCCCAUCGCAAAGACCUUGACGUUGAUCGACCUGUACGUCGUCUCGGUCCUUCUGGAUGCAGGCGCUGGACCCGAUUGGGUGUACACUGAAGUCGGUCCCGACGGACGAGAGACCUGGAAAGGAGGCCGGAGUGAAGGACUGGCAGUGGCGAGCUAUCAAAUGUUCACCGCGGGUGUGUUCUCGUCUAACAAUGCGAACAAGCUCCAGGUCGAUGCCAAAGCUCUCAAAGGGUUGAGGGUAGAAACGCUUGCAAAGCACCUUCAAGUGUCUGAUUCAAACCCUAUGGCCGGUCUUGAAGGCAGAUGCGAGCUCUUGAUCAAGCUUGGAUCAGCUUUGGGGGAUCGUCCAGAUAUCUGCCCUUCAGGAAGACCUGGCGAGAUAAUCAACUACCUGGAAGGCAGACUCCCAUCCGCCGACACCUUACCUUUGUCACUUCUGUGGAGCACCCUGUUCGAGCUUCUUUUGCCUAUUUGGCCAUCCCGGACCACUCUCCCGGACCAUCCCUCGUUCCCCUUGGGCGAUGUAUGGCCCUGCCCGUCCCUGGAAAGAUCGUUAACGGGCGAUCGAACUACCGGGGACAAUCUCGUGGCAUUCCACAAGCUCACUCAAUGGCUGUGUUACUCUCUCGUCGAGGUGAUCGAAAGUGAGGGCGGAUGGAAAGUGGACAGAGGACGAGGUCAGACUGCACUGCCAGAGUAUCGGAACGGUGGUCUUCUAGUCGACCUCGGCGCCUUGACGAUCAAACCCGAGACAUUACCUCCGGAUGCUUAUCCCAGGGGCAGAGAUCAACCCCCUCUUCUUGCGCCUUCGCAUCCCGCUAUCGUAGAAUGGCGAGCACUGACUAUCGGUGUCUUGAAUCACUGCCAUCCAUUGAUCUGCGAAAAGCUCGGCACUCAGUUGUCCCUCGCUCAAGUCAUCGAAGCUGCUACGUGGAAAGGUGGACGAGAGAUUGCAAAGACAAAGCGACAGGGUGGAGGCCCUCCAAUCGAUAUCAUCAGUGAUGGUACGGUCUUCUGAUCGAGCUGUGAUGUCCUGCGACUACAAGAUCCUAGUAGCAGACCUUUAGGCCUCCUUAUGUACCUCUUACGAGCCUUCAAUCCCACUACGAAUACUUUCAUUGUACAUAAUGCAUCAUGAUGACAAGAGGA